AGCGCUUUGCUUGGUCACUGAAAAGUGACAAAAAGUUUUUGUACUUCUGUAGUUUGUGAAAACUGAAAAAAUGGCUGAGGGAGAUGAAGAGAAGAAACCUUCUGGGGAGUCAGGGGAGACGACCAACCCCCCGGUUGUGGAAGAGUCAGAGCUUAGUGAGGAGGAUCGUCAACUUCAGGAUGAUUUACUCAUGUUGGUUGAACGACUACAGGAGUCACAAGCUGAACUCCAUGGGCCCACUCUGGAGUCGCUUCGGACUCUUAUCAGAAGUUCAACGAGUUCCAUGACUUCAGUGCCGAAGCCAUUGAAAUUUUUACGGCCACACUAUGGUAAAUUCAAGAGCUUGUAUGCUGCUUGGAGCGAUGACGCCUUGAAGCAACGAUUGGCGGACAUCAUAUCUGUACUGGCAAUGACACAGCCAGAUAGCCGUGACACAUUGGAUUACCGCAUAUUGGGUUCAUCUGAUGCGUUGGAGUCAUGGGGACACGAAUAUGUCCGUCAUAUCUCAGCUCAAGUUGGGCAAAUGUAUACAGAAAACAAUUUGGACGAGCUUGGUGCUUUAAGUAACCUUGUAGAUGACAUCAUCCCGUUCAACAUGAAGCACAAUGCAGAAGCAGAGGCAUGUGAUUUGCUAAUGGAACUGGAGAGAACUGAUGACAUCAGGAAGUUUGUGGACAAGAACACUUAUGAGCGUGUUUGUCUCUACCUGGUCAGCUGUGUUCGCUAUGUCCCAAGCCCGGAGGAUGAGGCCCUGCUGGACACUUGCAUGAAGAUCUAUUUGCAGUUUGAGCAAUAUGCUCAGGCAAUGCGCAUGGCCAUGAUGAAAUCGAAUCGGUCUGUUGCCGAGUCCUCAUCUCAGGAAGUUUUUGCGGCUUGCGAUGAUGAGCUCAUCAAAAAGCAACUGGCAUUCAUUGCCGGGAGGCAGCAAUAUUUCCUGACGGAUGAGGAUGGAUCAGUGGAUAUCGUGUCUAAUGGUCAUCUUAGCACGCACUUUCUCAUGCUGGCUCGUGAGCUCGAUAUUCUUGAACCCAAGUCUCCUGAAGAUAUUUACAAAACCCAUCUGGAGUCUCACCGGCCAUCGUUUGGUGCAGCACACAUCGACUCCGCUCGCCAAAACCUUGCCUCAUCCUUUGUCAAUGGCUUUGUGAACUGUGCGUAUUGUAAAGACAAACUGAUGACACUGGAUGGUAACAAGUGGAUCUACAAGAACAAGGAUAGUGGAAUGCUGAGUGCCACUGCAUCACUUGGUCUUAUUCUGCUCUGGGAUGUUGAUGGCGGUUUGUCAAGUAUUGACAAAUACCUCUACUCCAACAAUGAUCAUAUCAAGGCUGGUGCCUUGUUGGCUUGUGGCAUUGUUAACAAUGGCGUGCGAAAUGACUGUGAUCCUGCGUUAGCAUUACUAUCUGACUAUGUAUCCAGUGAUAUUCUGUGCAUGAGAAUUGCAUCCAUCCUUGGGCUUGGUCUAGCAUAUGCUGGUACCAAUAUUGAUUAUGUGGUGGAAGCUAUCUCCAGUCCGAUGACAGAUGGAGAUGCAAGUGUAGAGGUCCUUGGUGUAACAUCUCUAGCUCUUGGUCUAGUAACAGUAGGACAGUGUAACGGUGAUGUCACACUCUCUGUGCUGCAAGCCAUGAUGGAUUUGGACCCAAAGGUUAUUGUCAAGGACAAGAAUGCCCGUAUGCUGGCUAUCUCUCUUGCUCUCUGUUCUUUGGGUCGUCCUGAUGCGGCAGAUGCUUUCCUAGAGACACUCAAAACUCUUCCGAGUUCUUACUGUUCAUUUGCCAGUGUACUGGUUGAAGCAUGUUCCAAAGCCGGUACUGGUGAUGUGCUUGCCGUGCAGAAUCUGCUGCAUAUCUGUAGUGAGAGUCUAUCAUCAGAUUCUAGUGCAGCUAAGAAAGAAGAUGCAGCUGCUGCAGGCAAGGAUUCUCCUGCAGAACCCAGUGCAUCCGCUACAGCCCCAGGACUAGCACCGGGUGUAACUGUCACUGAUGGGCCAGCUGCUACGGAUGCUACUGAUGACAAGAAGAAAGAGGACAGCAAAGAGAAGAAAGACGAGAAAGAAAAGGAUGGCAAAGACAAGGAGAAGAAAGCCGGAGGUGCACAUCAGGGUGCUGCUGUAAUUGGUAUUGCCUUGAUUGCUAUGGGAGAGGAAAUCGGUCAGGAGAUGGUUCUACGCAGCUAUGCACACCUGUUACACUACGGCGAGCCUGUCAUUCGUCGUGCCGUUCCUCUUGGCCUGGCACUGUUGUCAGUUGGAGAUCCGAAACUGAAGGUUUUGGAUACUCUGAGCAAAUUGUCCCAUGACCUUGAUCAAGAAGUCGCUCUCAGUGCCAUUCUGGCACUUGGUAUUGUAGGAGCAGGUACUAACAAUGCUAGAUUAGCAGCUAUGCUGCGGCAGCUGGCUCAGUAUUAUUACAAGGAUGACAACUGCCUAUUCAUGACCAGAAUUGCUCAGGGGCUGACACAUCUUGGGAAGGGAACUCUCACUCUAUCACCAUAUCACUCAGAUCGCAGCAUCCUCUCCUCAGCCAACUUGUCUGGACUCCUCUCUUUGCUGGUCAUGUGUCUUGACAUGAAAGGAACUCUUCUUGGCAAUCGACACUACUUCUUGUAUCUCCUGACAACUGCCAUUCAGCCACGCAUGCUUAUCACCCUUGACGAAGAUCUGACGAACAUUUCAGUGACGGUGCGCGUUGGUCAGGCUGUAGAUGUUGUUGGUCAGGCUGGUAAGCCUAAGACAAUCACUGGCUUCCAGACUCACACCACACCUGUGUUGCUGCAGGCUGGUGAGCGAGCUGAGCUGGCUACUGACCAAUAUGAACCAGUUACUCCGAUCUUGGAAGGCUUUGUCAUCCUGAAGAAGGUUGAAGGUGGUGAUGAUGACAACUGAGUGCUGAUGAUGAUAUUGUGUUAGCACAGCAGCAGCAGCAGUAUGAAUAGUAUUGUUUGCUGUGUGUUGUAUUUCUGAGAUCCUGUUGUACAUACUCCUUGUGACAUUUUGUCAUUCCCAUUCUCAUUUGUGCUCCUUCCUGACAAGCCCCAUUUUUUAUUUCUUGUUAUCUACUAUGCAUUAUCUAUGUUGUGACUUGCUUCAGUUUUUAAAGAAUGUAAUAUCUAAUUUGUUUUGACAUGCAGCAAUCACAUUUCCAUUCUCAUGAAAUAUUUGCAUGUGCCAUGCGCUGUUUGCCCAUAGAAGAUCACGUCAUAUUUUCACACUGUAAAUCAAGAAACACUCAAUUUGCAGUCAGAAACUCGUUAUUCCCUUUUGCCGCCGUGUUAUUGCUCGCACCUGCCAUUUGGUUGAGUGCAAGCUGUUUUUCCAAGGCACUAUACUGUAUAAUAUGUGUGUAUAUUCUAGCUGCAUGCAAGACCUUCCCUUUUUGCUUGCUGUUUGAUACUAAGACAAGGUAAACUGUGAUUGUUAUAGCCGCCAAUGCAUCAUAGCUGUACUGGUGUUCAGGUAGUGCUGUUUCCUGUUUCUAUAAACAACUGCUAUAUUUGUUCAUUUCUCACCAAGUACUGACUGUUCGCUUUGCUCCAUCGUCAA